CAGUCUGGAGAAAAGGAGGCUCGGGGGGACUUUAUUGCUGUCUACGACUACCUGAGAGAAGGUUGUAGCCAGGGGGGGUCGGCCUCUUCUCCCGGCCAACAGGCGACAGGAGGAGAGGACAUGGCCUCAGGGUGCACCAGCGGAGGUUUAGGUUGGACAUCAGGAGGAGUCCCUUACCAGAAAGGAUGAUGUGACAUUGGAAUGGGCUGCCCAGGGAAGUGCUGGAGUCGCAUUCCCUGGAGGUGUUUAAGGAAAGACUGGAUGUGGCACCUGUUGCUGUGGUUUAGUUCACACGGUGCUGUUCGGCCAUAGGUUGGACUCGAUGAUCUCAGAGGUCUUUUCCAACCUAAUUGAUUCUGUGGUUCUGUGCGAGGCCGGCUGGGAGCGCCCCGCGGGCACAUCGGUGGUGCAGCGGAGGGCCUCCCGACGGACGAGCGGGGUGUCCCUGACUUUGCCCUUAAUUUUUCUUGGUUUGAAAUCUGUCAGGAAGGCAGAUGCGGUGAGCGACCCUUAGUGGGGUUCUCUAGAGGGAGCUGUCGGGGAUAAACUAAGAGCAUGUUAGCCUAAUAAGAGACUAUCUCAGGAAAAAUAGAAAAUGGCCAGUUUGUUAGAAGCAGGGGAAAAAGCAAAACCCUAAAUUGAGGCAAGAGCAGAUAAAGGUGACUUAUCUGUAACAGAAUUUCUUGUAGAGUGGAAAAGAUUUUCUAGCCAUAGUGCAGUGAGGUUAUGGGAUCGUUUUGCAGUCAGGAUUGUGGGGAUGAAUAAAGCUUUUGGCCUUAAACUGCCCUGUAUGUGCUUGCGGAAAUAGGAUAACAGAGGGUUUGAAUUGGUGACCUGGGGCACCGUUUCUAGCCCAGCGUUCCUAUGUAGAAUAAUAAACACCAAUAGGGGUUUAAUUGUUUGUUGGUUUUUUUUUUUUUUGUUCAAUAACAGAGAGGUUUUAGCUAAUGUGCUAAGUGUUUCUGCCUUUUAAUUUUCACCUGCUUACCUGCUUCUUGGUUCUUGUACUCUGCAGGCCUUCCCAACUGGCUUCUAUUAACUCCUUCUUAAGUGUUCGUCUUUUCUCUGGGUUUAUGUGAAAUUUAUCAGUCACACUUAGAAGCUUCUUAUCUCGCCAGUGAUUUCCGGUGAAAAACACACCCCCACCCCCAACUGGAGCACACGUGUUUAAUAAUGUUCUGUUACAAAAGUCAUGUAGGAAAGCUCCUUUAUUAAUUAACAUUUCCAGAGCAUUUCAGCAAAAAAAUGAAGAGAAGGACAGAACCCGAGUUUAGCAGCCCACAAAAUAAGCAGAAGAAGAGGCUGGAAGAUUUGGGAUUAACCCUCAGUUCUACUUCAGAUGAUGAAAAUCAAUUUAGUAAUCAUACUACUCAAGAGUCUUCCAGUAGCAGCAGUGGAUCUGACAGCGAGAGCGAUGAAAAAAGACCAGUCUUCAGCAAUGAGUUCAAACAAGACUCUCUUGUGGAGGGUACUUCAUCUCGCUACUCGAUGUAUAACAGUGUCUCCCAAAAGCUCAUGGCCAAGAUGGGCUUCCGGGAAGGAGAAGGUCUGGGAAAAUAUGGCCAAGGCAGGAAGGAUAUUGUUGAGGCCUCCAAUCAGAAGGGAAGGAGAGGCUUUGGGCUGACCCUCAAAGGAUUUGAUGGGGAGCUCAAUAUUGAUUGGCAGGAUGAGCCAGAGCCUAGUGCUUACGAGAAGGUGGACUGGUGUCCCGAGUGUACCACGGAGAUCCCAGAUGCCCGGGAGCUGAAGGAGUGGAUGACUGUGGGGAAGAGGAAGAUGGUGAUUGAAGAUGAAACAGAGUUCUGUAAUGAAGAGCUUUUACGUAGUGUUCUGCAGUGCAAGAGUGUAUUUGAUGAGCUGGAUGGAGAAGAAAUGCGUCGAGCUCGAACAAGGUCUAACCCCUAUGAGAUGAUCCGUGGAGCUUUCUUUCUGAACAGGGCUGCAAUGAAGAUGGCAAAUAUGGACCAUGUCUUUGACUACAUGUUUACAAACCCUAAGGACUACAAUGGGGUGCCUUUGAUAAAGGAGUAUGAUGCAGAGCUGCUCUACUUUGCUGAUGUGUGUGCUGGUCCUGGAGGCUUCUCUGAAUAUGUCUUAUGGAGGCGGAAGUGGCAUGCAAAAGGAUUUGGCAUGACCUUGAAAGGACCUAAUGAUUUUAAACUGGAGGAUUUUUAUUCUGCUUCCAGUGAGCUCUUUGAACCUUAUUAUGGAGAGGGAGGGAUUGAUGGAGAUGGAGACAUCACUCGAUCAGAGAACAUUACUGCUUUCCAGAAUUUUGUUUUGGACAACACUGAUCACAAGGGAGUGCAUUUCUUAAUGGCUGAUGGGGGUUUCUCGGUGGAGGGUCAGGAGAAUCUGCAAGAAAUCCUAAGCAAACAGCUCAUGCUUUGCCAGUUCCUUACAGCACUGUCCAUUGUCCGGACAGGAGGACAUUUUGUCUGCAAAACCUUUGACCUGUUUACUCCAUUCAGUGUGGGACUUGUUUAUCUGCUGUAUUGUUGCUUUGAGAAAGUGUGCAUCUUUAAACCUGUGACAAGCCGCCCUGCUAACUCGGAGAGGUAUGUGAUUUGCAAAGGAUUGAAGUCAGGGAUUGAUGACGUGCGGGACUACCUCUUCACAGUGAACAUCAGGCUCAACCAGCUGCGCAACUCUGACGUGGAUGUGAAUCUUAUUGUCCCACUGAAAGUGAUCAAAGACAACCAGGAUUUCUACAAUUACAUCGUCCAGUCCAAUGAAAACCACUGCAAAGUUCAGAUAAAGGCACUAGCCAAAAUUCGUGCUUUUGUUCAAGACACGACACUGAUUGAGCCACGGCAGGCUGAAAUACGGAAGGAGUGUCUCCAGCUAUGGGGGAUUCCUGAUAAGGCUCGUGUUGCUCCUUCAUCUUCAGAUCCCAAGUCCAAGUUCUUUGAGCUGAUCCAGGGCACAGACAUUGAUACCUUCAGUUACAAACCCACUCCUCUGAAUUCCAGCACACUGGAGAAAAUUCGCCAAGUGUUAGAUUACCGGUGUAUGGUAUCUGGAAGCGAGCAGAAGUUCCUCUUGGGCUUAGGGAAAUCACAGAUCUACACCUGGGGUGGUCGCCAGUCAGAUCGCUGGACAAAGCUGGAUUUGAAAACUGAGCUGCCACGAGAUACUCUUCUGUCUGUGGAGAUUGUUCAUGAGCUGAAAGGAGAGGGGAAAGCCCAGCGAAAAAUCAGUGCCAUCCACAUCCUUGAUGUCUUGGUGCUGAACGGCAAUGAUGUUCGAACACAGCAUUUCAACCAGAGGAUUCGGCUGGCGGAGAAGUUUGUUAAAGCUGUUUCUAAACCAAGUCGACCAGAUAUGAACCCCAUCCGGGUGAAGGAAGUGUACAGAUUGGAGGAAAUGGAGAAGAUUUUUGUGAGGUUAGAGAUGAAAGUCAUCAAGAGUUCAGGGGGAAUGCCCCGGCUGUCCUACACUGGCCGAGAUGACCGGCACUUUGUGCCCACAGGACUCUACAUCGUACGGACUAUGAAUGAUCCCUGGACAAUGGCAUAUAGCAAAAACUUCAAGAGGAAAUUCUUUUUCAACAAAAUGACCAAUGUAGCAACAUACAGCCUCCCUUCUGAAGCCAUUGCACCCUUUCACAUCUGCCAUUACAGCCGCCUCUUCUGGGAGUGGGGGGAAGGUGUCAAAGUGCACGACUCUCAGAAAAGACAAGAUCCAGAGAAGCUGUCAAAAGAGACUGUCCUGUCUUUCAUCCAAGCGCACUACCCCUAACCCUGCUCCCUUGAGGGUGCAGGGGGAGUCUGAGCCCAGCUUGGAUUCUUCAGGGACUGAUGAGACUGGGGAGGCUCCACAACUUCUAUCCUGGUCUUCUCCAGAGCUGAUUUCCUGGAGGUGAUCGAACAAGGGUGUGGUAUGCAGAAGGCACAGGAUGAGGCCCUACCUUGGCAGUGUAUAUAGAGUACAGCCCAGGUAGCACCUGCUGCUGGAGUACCCACGGUGACUCCUGGAGCCAAGGCCUAAUGCCCUUUUGUCCUGCCCUACUGCAUGCAUGAGGCCAAGGGGCUGGCAGCUUUCUUUGCUCCUGCUCAAACAUUCAGCAAGGUUUGUGGAGCUCUGCGUGUGCCAGAACUUUCCAAGCUUGUGCUUCUCUGGCAGUAUGGGAAGGAGCAGAGAUGUUUUGAUGGCAGAGCUUGGCAACUGCACGUUGAAGCAGCCCUGCAUUGUUCCUGGCAGCUAUGUCUCCUUGGCCUUGUCAAAGGCCUACACUACCCACUGGAGGGUGUUAACUCCUUGGGGAAUGCUAGCUGCGGGACACAAGUUAUGUAUCCUUGUUGUCUCCAACACUUCUGUUUAUCAAGGCACUCAGUUGGCCUGGCAAUUCUUACAUGAUGGUAUCCUGUUGGACAAAUGCCAGUGCAGAUGAUGAGUAGAGCUCCUGGCACAGAUCUGAAGUGCUCAGUGCCAGGGCUUUCUCAGACCUCUAGAACCUGCUGUGACAAGGAUUUCCCCUCUCUAGGUUAGUGACUGAUCCCAAAUCAGCAGCCUAGGGUUAAUUUGUGAACAUGUACCAUGGUUGGCGUAUGUGCCUCAUGGUACUUCUGAGACCAAGGUGCUUUGGUUCUGGGUACUCAACACCAUUACCCAAAUCUUCAGGGAGAAAAGCUGAUGUGGGAGGGAAGACACUGGAAGGCUGGGAUGCUGGAGUCUUUGGAAGAAAUUAUGGGGAUGCCUGACUUAAUUAAAAAGACCCAGGGCUUCAGUGAAAAGGGAUCUUGACUUUGACCAUGUUGGUUAAUUGGAAGAAAUCCUGUCCCCUGACUGUACCCCCUGGCAAGGUAACCAGACUUUCCUUUUUAAAUGUCAAAGUGGCUUUGAAACCCUUUGUAUCUCAUUUGGCUGUGGAACUGCAUCUGGGGUGAAGGCAUAGAGCUGUGAAACUCUCAGCAUGGUAUUUGUGUCCAGACUUCUCCAUGCACUUCUGCGCCAGGCUCAAAGUUGGCUUCUGUUGCAUGUUUUACCUUCACUUCUGGCUUCCAUGGCACUUCGCCAGGUCUUCCACGUAAAUCAGAAGAUAACACAUAAUUGAAUGCUUUUGACCAAGCAGCAAAAUUGCCCUUUUUGUUUGGUGUUUUGUUUUGUUUCUUUUUUUUUGUUUUGUUUGUUCUUGUUUUUAAACAGAGAUUGGCAGUAGGGAGAAAACUGAUUUAGGUCUGAAGUGUGCCUUAAGGAAAGCUAUAGUUCUAGAAUCUAUAGCAGUUUUAUUAGAUAGGUUUUUUUCUCCACAAGCAUACAUAUGAUUUGAACAAGCUUGUGUAGCAAAACAGAAAUUUUCACUUAGAUACAGGUCUAUCAAAGCAGUUGAAGGACUGUGGGCUGUUAAUGCUUCUUCUUGCUGACCUGGAGACCCCCUCUGCUCUCAAACAUCAGUAAAACAUGUAUCAAGCAAGUGGUGGCCCUUCCUCCAGAAGAACAAAAGUGUUUCACUGGUACCUUUUGUCUUGGCACAAGCACUUCCACAAGGAAAAAGGAGGAAUCUCUCCCACUGGGCAGUGAAGCACCUCCAACUGUGUGGUGUCCGGGCCUGUGUACAGUUGGCUUUUUAAAGCAACCAGUAAUUGAGUUCUGGCACUUGUGCAGACUGCCUUGAGGCUGUUCCAGUGCCAGCACAGCAUGCUGCUCCCUCUGCCAGGCUCCUUCCCUGAGUGUUGUACCCUCCACUCAGGGCUUUGACUUCUGUGGGCUGGCAGACAGAGGGGUGACUAAGAGGGACACUAGGGUGAGUGUAGGCCUCUGAGGGUACAAGAAUGCCUGGUCAGCCUGCAGGCUGGCUUUUAUGAACAGAUACUUUUUUUACUCAGUUGUCUCCAGCUCCUCAUUUAAAUUUGCUUUUAAUUUUAUUUUUGAUGCACUGAACCUUGAUUCCAAAUCUCCCUUCAAGAAGGCAAGCUUGAGCCACCGUGCUACUUGCUUCCCUGCUGAGGGAUUAUGUUGGGAAGGGGUGGGUGAGUAAGGUCUUGCUGAAGGGAAUGUUAUGUAUGUUAAUUGCACAAUGUAUUAUUAGGCUUUGUAUCAUUUUGUGUUGAUUUCUCUGCUUUCAUUGUUUCUAUUACCAAUACAGCCCCUUUAGUUCA